AUGGCGGACCGCGAGAGGGACCGAGACCGUCCCCACCAGAUCCAAGUCCACCCGCAGCACCGCUUCAACGGCGGCCCCGGGGGCAAGGGCAUCAUGCCCGACAGGGGCCCGUCCGCGGGCAAGGUCCUCGCUGUCAUGGCGAUGCUCCCCGCGGGGGGGAUCCUCCUCGGCCUGGCCGGGAUCACCUUCGUCGGGACCAUCAUCGGGCUCUGCCUGGCGACCCCAGUGUUCAUCCUCUUCAGCCCUGUGCUGGUGCCGGCCGCGCUGGUGGUCGGGCUCGCCGUGGCGGGCUUCCUCACGUCGGGAGCGUUCGGGCUGACGGCGCUGUCUUCGCUCUCGCGAGUGGCGAACUACAUACGGCAGGCGACGGGGACGUCGCCAGAGCAGAUGGCAGAGCAUGCGAAGCGGCGGCUCGCGGACACCGCCGGGUUCAUGGGCCAGAAGACGAAGGAGGCGGGCCAGCAGGUGCAGAGCAAGGCCCAAGAAGCCGGCGGCGAGCGUGGCGGCGGCGGUGCGAGGACUUAAAGAAAACGAGGGCUCGAUUAAGAGUUGGACGAGGAGGCGAGGGUGCAUGGUGGGGUUUAAUGAGGGAUCAUAUAGGAGGAGGAUGUUUCAGGGGAUG